CAAAACCACCACUUACUAUCAAAAAUGCCACCCAAGUCCUUCCCUGUCCCCGUUAAACCCCCAAAACCCUACUUCUUUUACGGCCACCGGAAGCCCUCUCAAAACCGCCCCGUCGUCUACGGUGGCCUAUUUUCCAAUCGACAAAUCCUUAAAACUCCCCAAAACCCUCCACCGCAUGCACCACCCUUCGAUCUCCGCAAAUGGGACCCGCAUCACCUCUUGCAGAACCCAUCACCAGCGUCCAUUCCCAAUCCCCUCCGAAACCCAAAACUCUCCCCCAUCGCCCGCUUCAUCCUCGAUGCCUUCCGAAAGAACCAGUACACAUGGGGACCACCCGUCGUCUUUGAACUCAACAAGCUCCGCCGCGUCACCGCCUCGCUCGUGGCGGAAGUGCUCAAAGUCCAAAAUGACCCUGUUCUGGCUUCCAAGUUCUUCCGUUGGGCUGGUAAGCAGAAAGGAUUUAAACACAAUUUCGCUUCUUAUAAUGCUUUAGCUUAUUGCCUCAAUAGAAAUGGUCGUUUUCGAGCUGCUGAUCAGUUACCUGAACUAAUGGAUUCCCAAGGGAAGCCACCAACUGAAAAACAGUUUGAAAUUUUAAUACGAAUGCAUGCUGAUAACAAUAGAGGACAAAGGGUUUAUUAUGUAUAUCAGAAAAUGAAGACUUUUGGAAUAAAGCCGCGUGUUUUUUUGUAUAAUCGGAUAAUGGAUGCAUUGGUCAAAACUGGUUAUUUAGAUUUAGCAUCGUCAGUGUAUGAGGAUUUUAGGGGGGAUGGUUUGGUGGAGGAGAGUAUCACAUUCAUGAUUUUGAUCAAGGGCUUAUGUAAGGUGGGGCGGAUUGGCGAAAUGCUGGAGGUUUUGGGGAGGAUGAGGGAGAAGUUAUGUAAGCCGGAUGUUUUUGCCUAUACAGCUAUGGUUAGGAUUUUGGUUUCAGAAGGAAAUUUAGAUGGGGGUUUGCGUGUUUGGAAGGAGAUGGAGAGAGAUGGGGUGAAGCCAGAUGUGAUGGCAUAUGUGACGAUAGUUGCAGGGUUAUGUAAGGGAGGGAGGGUGCAGGAAGGGUAUGAGUUGUUUAGGGAGAUGAAAAAGAAAGGGAUUUUGAUUGAGAGGGAGACUUACGGUGGCUUAAUUGAAGGAUUUGUGAAGGAUGGGAAGCUUGGGUCUGCUUGUGAUUUGUUGAAGGAUUUGAUAGAUUCAGGGUACAGGGCUGAUUUGGGGAUUUACAAUUCACUUAUUGAGGGCUUAUGUGAUGCGAGGCAGGUUGAUAGAGCUUAUAAGCUUUUACAAAUUACAAUACAAGAGGGUUUAGAGCCAGAAUUUGCGACCGUGAAUCCCAUGUUGGUGGCGUUUGCUGAGAUGAGACGAAUGGAUGACUUUUGCAGGUUGCUAGAGAAGAUGCAAAAGUUAGGAUUUUCUGUUAUUGAUGAUCUUUCGAAGUUCUUCUCGUUUAUGGUUGGGAAGGGGGAAAGAACAGUAAUGGCUGUACAAGUGCUCGAUGAGUUAAAGGUGAAAGGUUACAGUAGUGUUCCGAUUUACAAUAUUCUAAUGGAGGCUCUGCAUAAGACUGGGAAGGUGAAACAAGCGUUAUCACUCUUUCAAGAAAUGAAGGAUUUGAACUUUAAGCCUGACUCUUCAACAUAUAGUAUUGCAAUAAUAUGUUAUGUUGAAGAUGAGGAUAUUAAAGAGGCUUGUGUCUGCCAUAACAAAAUUAUAGAGAUGUCAUGUGUUCCUUCUAUUGAUGCUUACUAUUCUCUUGCUAAAGGUCUCUGCCAAAUUGGGGAGAUUGAUGCGGCUAUGAUGCUUGUUCGUGAUUGCUUAGGUAAUGUUACAAGUGGGCCAAUGGCAUUUAAGUACACUCUUACUAUUCUUCAUGCCUGUAAAUCAGGUGCUGAGAAAGUGAUGGAAGUGUUAAACGAAAUGAUGCAAGAAGGUUUGCCUCCAGAUAACAUUAUAUGCUCUGCAAUUAUAUCUGGCAUGUGCAAGUACGAGACCGUAGAAGAGGCAAGGAAGGUUUUUGCUAAUUUGAGAACACGCAAACUUCUGACUGAAGCUAAUACAAUUGUGUAUGAUGAAUUAUUAAUUGAACAUAUGGAGAAGAAAGCAGCAGACCUUGUGCUCUCAGGGUUAAAGUUCUUUGGUCUGGAAUCCAAAUUAAAAGCAAAGGGUUCCACCCUGCUAUCUAGAUGAAGAAUUGAAGGCCAAUACUCAAUACAUAUUUUCAAUGUCUCAUUUGCCCUAUGUGCUACUAAUCUUAGUUAUCUAAACACCACAGCCUGCAUGAGAGGAUCCCAUUCGCUCUGUUGAUUUAAUUUGUUUGUACGAGUCACUGAAUGGAGCAAUGGGUUACCAUCUUUGGAGUUGUCUUAGAGGACUAUAUAAGAGGCAUCAGGAUUAGUCGGGCUUGGUUGACAGGUGGAUGCAGACUAAUGAUUUAAUGUCUAUCAGCAUGUGUCAGGUUGCAUCUAUCAGCUCAGCUUGUUUUGCUUCUCUAGAUGGUUGUGGUUCUGCUGCUGGGUCCAAAUAUGCACAGGGCAGUCUCUGUAUGCUCUUCCAUUUUGUAAGGUUAUUCCAUGAGAUAUAACCACACUCACACACAAGGGUUGUUCCAUGACUAAGUCAUCUUAUUAACCUUCAUUGUGGUUUAGAUCCAAUAUGACGUUGCAGUUUAAUUAAAUCUACUGUUCUGAUCUCAACUCAUCAACUUCAAUUCUCUUGAUCAUUAACAGUAUCUUAGCCUGUUUCUAAGCCUAUCUCCAAGCCUAUCUCCUUCAAUGUUGGCAACCAUCAGGUUUGAUCCUUGAUAUCUCGAGUUUAAACUUAAUGUUCGUUCCUUAAACUUUAAAUAACUUUCACUGCAGAAAUACAACCACUUUAUUAAAUCUCAAUGCCUUUUGGGAAUUUGUUUGUUCCGGAAACAGAGCUAGAAAAAAAUAAACUAGCCUAAGUUGUAACUUUUAGGCUUUAACAUUGACGGCAGAUACAAGUUGUACUCAUAAAGCAAACCCCAUAAACUGGAGUUCCGAAUUUCCCAGCUUUCCCAAAAUGCUCAAUGCAAAGAUUAUUACAUUCAUCUUGUGUGCAGCCAGGGUUAGGAAAUGAUUGCUCACAAUCUGAGCUCUCUCCCAUUAUCAGCCGAUUGCCUGUACUCAUAAAACACACGUGUGAUUAAUGAUUAAUCUGCAUGCAAUACAAAGUUUCAUUAAAUAAUGCUAAAG